AUGAAUACCACAUCAAGUGAUAGUACUAGUGCUCUUGUAGCUGCAUCCAUUCAACUGAACAUUUGGUUUGGUUUAUUUCUUUGGAUGACAGGUAAUAUUGGUUGUAUUGGGAAUAUGAUAGUAUUUCAUUCUCCAGUAUUUCGCAAACAAGCUUAUUCAAUUUAUUUAUUAUCGGAAGCAAUAUGUGAAUUUAAUUACUUUAAUUUUGUUCUGUUGGUACGAAUUUUUCAAAAAGGAUUUCAAAUUCCAAUUAUCACACGUUUCGGUGUCCUGUGCAAACUUCGAGCAUUUUUUUCCAUCUAUGGUAAUCAAGUGUCGUUUACUUUAUUUUCAUUUGCAACAAUUGAUCGACUUUUAUCGACACAACGAUCAGUUAAAUAUCGUCAAUGGAGCAAUCGUAUACCAAUUGCGUACAGAAUGUGUAUUACAUGCUUAGUCUUUUGGUUAUUGUUGAUGGGUCAUCGACUUAUUUUAUAUAAUAUUAUAAGCGGAAGAUGUGCUGCUCUAUCAGGCUUUUAUGAUUAUUUUGAUAAUUAUAUUGAAGCAUUUUUUCAAGGAAUAUGUCCACCGACAGUGAUGAUUGUACUUGCUUGUUUAUUAAUACGAAGUGUCCACAAGGUUAUUCGACGACAAAUUGUUUCUGGUCAUAAUAGACCACCGGCAACUGUUGCACGACAUUCAGUUCUUCAAACAAUGGAUUCUCGACUUAAAUUGAUGCUUAUAUUACAAUCAAUCAUUGCUACAUUAACUUAUACACCAUAUGCAGCUGAACUUAUCUAUUCAAAUGUUACUCAAAAUUGGCCAAAGUCAGCUUUCCAAAAGGCUCGCGAUAACAUUUUCAAUGAUUUCACUCAUUUAUUGUCGUUUGCAUUUUUUUCUACUAGCUUCUACGUAUCCAUGCUUACAAAUGGUGGUUUUCGUCGUCAAAUUAAAACUGUCUUUAAAAAAUCAAAUGAUGACUCUACAAUUCAUUUAAAUACUAUUCAUCAUGUCAAUGGAACUAAUAAUAUAUUCAACCAAAAUAAAAACAUCGUUCACCUUAAAAACUGA